GUGUAUUAUGGAUGACACAGUUGAGGUUUAUCAAAGUGAUUCAAGAACGUAUGACUUUGGGAUCCACGCUUUCAAGUUCACAGGCGGCUACAAUGAGGUGUACAUUACCUGUUCUGUGAUUCUGUGCGCGGAAGGAAGUUCAAACUCAAGAUGCGCCCAAGGCUGCCUCAGAGAACCGGCACACAAACGCAGACGAGACGUGAGCAAAGAAACCGCCAGGCAUUACAUCAAGCAGGGUCCCUUCCGUGUGGUGAGACAAACUCAGCAUUCAGCAGCAGCUUCAGAAAAUGGUGAUUCUCUUCAUGUCAGUGCAGGCACCGGGGUCUUCGCGGGACUCUUCAUAAUCUCCAUUGUGGUGCUGGUGGGAUUGUUGGUGUAUAAAGCCAAAAAAACAAGAGCACCUGAUCGCAUGUAUCUGAUGUCCAACUUCUAA